AUGCACUUCAACGCUCUCCUCGCCGCUGUCGCUCUGACCGGCUCCGUCUCGGGCUUGGCCGUCCGCCAAACUACCCCAGCUUGGCAAGUCCUCCCGGCAACCCCGGCUCUCCCAUCUCCGAUCUCCACGACAAAGACGCCGAUCAACGGCAUCCAGAUGUGGUGGCAAAAGUACAACGAAAAGGCCGGCGGUGUGCCCAUCGUUAUGGACCACGGUGGCCUGGGUUACUCAGCCUACUUUGGCUCCGUCAUCACCCGCCUCAUCAACGCCGGGUACUACGUUAUUGCGAUCGACCGCCGCGGCCACGGCCGCACAACGUACAACACGAAUGACGUCUUCACGUACGACCAGAUGGCCGAGGACAUUUACGCCCUGCUCAAGGGCGCGGGCGUGACGAAGUACAACGUCGUCGGGUGGUCUGACGGCGGCAUCGCCACGCUCUCGGCGCUCAUCAACCCCGUCACCGCAGCGCCCAUCAACAAGGCCUUCCUCUUUGGCGCCUCGUCCAAGCCCGACCAGACUAACGCCACUUUUGCCGACACGGCAAUUUACGCAGAAUUCGUCACGCGCUGCCAGAAAGAGUACGCCACCCUCCAGCCCAAAGCCAACUUCACCGACUUUGGGACAAAGGUUGCGACGAUGGAGGCCACCCUGCCGCAGUUCACGGACGCGCAGCUCAAGAGCAUCGACGGCACCAAGGUCAUGAUUGCGGACGGCGAUCACGAGGAGGCCGUCAACCGGGACGUCCCUGGUAUCUUGAACAAGGCCAUCCCCGGCAGCAAGGUUACCACCCUCACUGGUGUCAGCCACUUUGCGCCCAUGCAGGACCCUGAUCAGUUCACCAAGGCUGUGAUUGCCUUCUUCAAGGCAUAA